AGGUUGCCCCCUUCAUCCUGUACAAGGAAGUUCUAAAGAUACUCAAGAAAUAGUUCCUCAUUAUUCGUUGGUUCGAACAUUUUUCUUGUAGCUCAUUUGGUUUUGAGUGGGUACUUUUUCAAUUCGUCCUCUUCUUCUCUGUUGUCCCGUAGAAGUAGAGACCAAGAUCAAGAUGACGGCCGUUCUAGGUUCUCGCGAUCCUAGUCGGAAAGAGGAUGACCCUGUCUCCGCGGCUUCUACCAGUAUCACUGCCAUGAUAAGGCAAAACGCGUUUUUGGUCUUGCUUGCUGGUGGUGUUUUGGGCUCGUUCACAAUCUUUGGCUAUGCCCAAGAGGCGUUGACACGUGGCGAGUACGAUGGCGAGCGACUAAAACUGCCGAUUUUUCUCAUCUGCGUCCAAUCCUUUUGCAAUUGUCUAGUGGCAGCUGUGCUUCUUAUCUUAAGGCUGGUUUCUAUUCUAAUCUGUACGUAGAUAAACAAACAUGAUUGAAGCAUCUUUUGCUUGAAAGUGUUCUCGCUGAAAGGGAAAUAACUGUAGCACCUCAAGGAAGUAGAUGCUUUUCAACAUCCAGUUGACUUCCGGUAAUAAUAAGAAAUAUAUUCUAAUUCCCGCCACUGGAGAAAAGAAGUGGUCAGCCGGUGCAGGCAUGCAAGACUGGAGCAUCGUGAGUGGGGCCUAUCUAGGUGCCCACUUCUUCGGACUCUCUGCACUACAAUACAUCCCCUUUCCUUUGCAAGUGGUUUGCAAGAGCUGUAAGGCGGUUCCAGUUAUGCUGGGAGAGAAAGUUCUAGCAAGAAAAAAACACUCGCCGGAGAAAAUGAUGCAGGUAGUGAGCUGAAAUCAAUGCCUACGAAGAAUAAAUACGAGUAGUUUACUUGAGUUUUAUUAUCUCUAUAAAAUAUCGGUCAUGUUCGCUAUCAGAGCUUAUCUCGUGCUCAUCAGUGACAGCCUGGCUGAGUAAAUUCGUCAAAGAAUGGCCACACCUCGCUCAGCGGCGCAGAGGGGCGGCUUGUUCUCUGUUACAAUUGUUCCUUUUUAGUCCCAGCAUGUGGCAUACAUCUAUACCAAAAGACUCACACUUCAUCCAGGGGCUUGAUGCCUUUAGUUAGAGCUCAGAUUUGUUCGCGGGCGCUCUUCCAGUUUUGGCAUACUUUUCCUAGGUUCUUGCACGUUGUACGCGGAUGCAUGUAGGUGGCUGCGCCUGAGAUGACGCUGGUGGCAGGCUGCGGACGGUUUCGGCUAGUCAAGUCGCUGGAGGGCGCACAGGUCUGGGCUUCCCCUUCCCGUCCAGACCGUGGCGGGGAAUUGUGCUGGCAUGCAGCAAACGCAUGGCCCCAGAGGUGGCUGAGCAAACGGAGGGGGCUCCGCGCUUGUUUGAUGUCACCAGCAGGGUGCUGGGGUCGCUUAAAUUAGGCCGAAGAGGGUGGUGGGCCGCGGCGUCCGAAAUGCCUGCGUGCAACGCGAGAGAGUGAAAAAAUACUGCGAGACGUCUCCAGAGUAAAGUGAUGCCAGCGGCCUGGGAGAUGCGUGCGCGCUUUUGUGGCUGUUGCGCCGGUGUGUAUACGUCUGGUGGAGGACUAUAGGUGACGCCAGUAGAUCUUAACUGGGAGCGACUCGUUAGAUACUGAGGCGAGCCCCGACGAUGUUGGAGGGGGUUGGGCAGGUUAGUGGCGCCCCCGAUCCGAUGGCGAAGGGCAGGCGUCCCGGUGAGUUCUAUGUAUCUGGUUCAACUUAUCAAAAACCGGGGCUGCUGGCUUGAUACCUAGCCACGCACAACGGGCGCGCUGUGGUAGGCAUUCGCUGACCAUCCAAAAACGGCCAAACGCAGCGUGUUACUUAUGCGCGGGCUUGUGCAGGGCCAGGGGCAGCCCUCUCGCGUUUUCUGUUGUCACUAGGUGAAGCUGCCUGUAGAUGCCUCGAAGGCAUUCGAGGCUGAGGCUUUACCUGAUGGCGCUGGGCAUCUCAGUUGGACGCUAGAAGGACCUACUUAGCCAAGCCCCUCAGCUUCCAGACGUAACAGGACUGACGGCGGGAAGCGGGUCGCAAACGGGGCGGCAUGUCUAUGGCCUGGCUAGCAGCGUCGGGGGACGGCUCGCCGCAACAGACGCAGCCGGGGGACAUGUUGGACUAGGUUCCCCGCGGGCCGCCGGCGGGGAUGAUGGUGACCGAUGGAUUCGACGGGCAUGGCGCAGCCCUUCGGUGAAAUGAAGUGGACGCAAGUUGUUGAGCAGCGUGCUGCUCAGUAAUGGCGCCGGUGCAGCUGUGCUUUUGUGUAUGUCGUUGGGUCGUAACAGAGUACCUCGCCAGCGAUACAGCCUAUUAAGCUAGUCGGGUUGCCGGUUAUUGGGUAGCCCUUUUGCCGCGCAUUCAUUGACGUCCGGUCUGGCUUUUGUUGUGUAUGUCUAUGCGCUUUUAUGCUGGGGCCUGGAGGCUAUAUAACCUCGCGCACGCACAGACAGAAGUCCCUUUUAUCACUCUUACUCGUUAUAAAGAUAUCACCAACGAAUCACAGGUGUAUCUCAUGUCCGCUGGUGUGGUAGCGUUUACCCUAGCUGGUGGCAGCAAGAAGGGAAAGAGUGACUUCGAGUUAACUCCGACCUUGUUCCUCGGUCUCGGAUUUGUGCUCGCAGCACUGGUUUGUGAUGGAAUUUACGGACCAUUCCAAAACAGGAUAGUCGCGCAGCAUAACGCCAGUCCCUACCAACUCAUGUUCAACAUGAACUUGUAUGAACUCUUUUUCGCAGUCGUCCUAGCAACCGUCACGGGAGAACUGCCGAAAGGUGAUUUACACCUACUUGUUAUCGAACUGACCCAGGAUCCAUAUGCUAUUCAUCAGAACCCCAUGUAAAGCUUGGGAUAGCUGAUGUAAUCGUACAAUUACUUACUGUUUCUUGUCAAGAACCAAUCUGCUCCGUCUUCCUUUUGCUGGAAAGCAGCCAAUCAGAACCUACGACCAACCAAGGUAUUGCUUUUGUCGUUGCGCAUCCAUCUGUGUUACCGAAUUUGGGAUACUUUGGCACUACAAUGGCUAUUGGUUCGUUAUUCGUGUAUACCUUGCAGAAAAACUUCGGUGCUCUGACCGUAACCCUGACCACGACUCUGCGAAAACUGAUUUCUUUAUGGCUUGAUUCGAAGAAGGAAAGGCCUUCCGUAUAGUCCAUGUAUCGUUUGCGCUGGUAAUGAUCGUCUAUCUAAAUGGAAAGAUGGCUUUCCGUAUAGUGGUCGAUGCAGCUGAUCUUCUAUCUUGAUUUAUCAACAAGCAUCUUAGUGAAUAUACGUCGUUUUCAGCACAUCAUCUAAUCUCCGUGGUUUUUUCGGUCCUUUGGUUUGGACAUUCCCUAGCCCCGGCUCAGUGGCUCGCAACUGUGGUGGUUUUUCUCGCUUCACCUAUCGCGUCGAGACUUGUGCCUUUGCUCGGAUGGGAAGAUAGUAGGAACGAGAAGAAGGCUGUCCUAUAAACAUAUGAAGAUGAAAGCAUGACCUUUCUUUUAGAAGUUCAGGAAUUUGAUGAGGACGAGGUUUCUUCAUCUGUGUGAAAAAGUAUGUACUCCUACAGGAUGACCUCUAUACAUUACUUAGAUCAUUGAUUCUCUCUUUUUGCUGGCCGCGUGUUCAUUCGAAGAAUCUUUAUCGGCUUCCUCCUGCGCUAGACAUAGGAUCUAGUGCCCCCGCCACCUGCGCUAGAGACAUAGGAUGUAGUGCUCCCGCCACCUGCGCUAGAGACAUAGGAUCUAGUGCCCUCGUUACCUGCGCUAGAGACACUGGAUCUAGUGCCACCGCCCCGCAACUAAGUGUUCGUUAACAAUAGAGUAUACCUAGUAUGAUGUAUUGGAGAACCUCUAAGCGCGUACAACACCUGCCUCUUCUACCAACGUAACAAGUAAGAACGAGAAGAUAAUGUAACCAUUUUCGAGAAUACAGCUGUCUACGCCUAGUUGCUCCUCCUUACGGCACUGGCACAAAAACUGUGAUUUUUAGCGUUUCUUGAAAAUUCAAGUUGAGCUUGUUACAGCGAUGAAAUCG